CGCCUUCAAUAUGGCUAGUGUACCGUGGAAGAGUGACGGGAGAAGACGCACGCCCUCAUGCUCCGCUGUCACCACUCGCCCGAACACACACACGCACACAUUCCCUCGACGUGACACCACACACUUCUCUGUGGUGCUUUGGAGUAGGCUGGAGUUAGAAAAAAAGACAUGACCCCCUCGUGGUGUGGAGUGGUGUUGACGGCGAUGGUUCUGGUGUUGACGCGACCCUCGUGGGCAGCUGAAUCGUCUGGUCUCUGUAGUGUCAUUGGUCGACUGUUCAUGGCCGACCCUGGUUUCCAAGCAGAUAACGUGAGAAUGUGCUUCAAGUGCCUUGGUCGGGAUGCUUGUCUGGAACCCAAAUACGCGACGGUCCAAAUAUGCAGCCCCGACGUGCACCGCUGCGUCACCAAACUCACUGUCAGCAAGGUCACAGGAGCCAGCGUCUCGGAGCAGUACUGCGGAAGCCCUGAGGUCCUGGAGGACAGCCUGCAGGUGCUGGAAGACAAAUGUUACUCCAAUGACAUCAGCUGGGACAGUCGUCGUACCCAGACGACUUUCUGCUACUGCUCCUACGACCUCUGUAACGUGUCGUCCCAUCUCCGCGCUCCGUCGUGGUCAUUUCUGGUCGCGUUGGGCGUGUUGGCGAUGCUCUCGACGACCGUGAUUUCUGAGCAUUUCUCGUGACGGAUGCCGACGGUGGAGGGCCGAAAGGGAGGAUGUUCUCGGUCCUCUGGUGUGCCGGUUUGGUAUUAUUCCGGAAUGAGACUUUAUUCUAUAUAUAUGUAUUGUUUGCCAAAGACUGAGGUGAAGGAACGAGGUACUGGUAAAUCGCGUGAAAAGAUAUUUGCUGAGAUUUAACGAGAACACUGCACGUGGUGACCCUUUAACAUGGUGAAACAUCAUCAUGCUGGAAUAUGAAUUAUUGUGUAGCAUUUCCAAGUAGAGGAAUAGAGGAUAUGGUGAACAAAGAGACAAUAUUUGUAUAAAGAAGAGACGGAAAGCCCUAGUCACUCCCAGCGAAGAGUCACCAAGCCAGCCUUCCCAACUUCACCUCAACUUGUCCAUGUCACAAAGUGUUCCAUGAACGCACAACGCUCACGUGGUACAAAGAUACGCCUCUCAUACGGUGCGAACUCAUAACGUGUCUGUCCCCCUUUUACCUGCUUGAAUAAAUUAAAUACCUUUUUCAGGAACUAUUUUUUAAAUGCAAUCAUCGGGUGUAGUGAACCCCUCCUGAUCCCUGUGCAAAUUUUAAAAAAUCGUGUUGCAGAGCGAUUCGCGAUUAAUAGGACAUUCUGUGAUUUUCUGCAUUCCAUUGUGGUGAGAAACUCUGUGAUAACUGGCCAAGCCUUAGCGGAGGCCAGUAGUUAGGAAAGAGAGACCCUGCAUAGGUGAUUUUUUUUCUACUUUUAUAUCCAUACACUAUA